CCUAUUCGUCAGUGAUUUGAUUGACGGACGGACAUUGUGAUUUUGCUGAACAAGGACAGGACAAUACUUCAGCGUUUUUCGUUUUAACGACUUUCGGCUCUCAGUGCUUUCGUUGCUGUUAUUUCAAAUUUGUAUAGGCUUAAAUAGACAUAUUUAUUGCUUACAAAUUGUGUGGAAUAGUACUAUGAAAAAUAUGUAUUCGUCUGCACAGAACAACAUUUCGGAUCUACUCAAAUUAGCCAAAAAAUUCAACUGUUUUUAUCUAUCAGGCUUGCAUCAGGGUGUAUGCAAACCGUUUAUUGUUGCCGGAUAUCAAGUGGGCCUGAUUCGUCCUGAUGUUAUGAAGUAUCUAAUUAGAUUUCCAGAGGUGUUCAGAAUCACUGGCAAGUAUGUAGAGCUGAACCCAGCAUUCAGAGACUAUAAAGAGAGGUCAACAAAGGUAGCCGAUGUGUUGCAGAACUUGAGAAAAGAAAAUGAUAUAUGUGCCCUGAAAGGCUGGAGAGAUGAGUGUUUUGGAGUAACUACACCAUUACAUCCUGAGAGUUUGUUGGAAAUGGACAGAAGUGCCAUGUGUCUGUUUGGUAUCAGGAGCUAUGGUGUGAGUGUCACUGGUUAUGUCAACCAUCCAACAAAAGGCCUCUGCAUUUGGUUACAGCAGAGAAGCUUUACUAAACAAACUUGGCCAGGCAAAUGGGAUUGUUUCGUGAGUGGUGGCCUGGCUGUUGGCUAUGGUAUUCUGGAGACUACAAUAAAGGAGGCUGCUGAGGAAGCUUCUGUUGAAGGAGAACUAGUGAAAAAGUUGGUUCCAGCUGGCUGUGUAAGUUUUUACUUUGAAAGUGAAAGGGGCUUAUUCCCAAACACAGAGUAUGUGUAUGAUCUUGAGUUGCCCCUUGACUUUAUGCCCCAAAAUGCUGAUGGUGAGGUGGAGAAUUUCGAGUUAUUGACUGCCGACGAGUGUAUCCAGAGGGCUUUGACACCUCAAUUUAAGACAACGAGUGCACCAGUCCUUCUGGACUUCUUGAUACGUAAAGGACACAUUAAUCCAGAGAAUGAACCUCACUACCGAAAUCUGGUGGAGUUACUUCAUGUUCCUCUGCAGUCAAUUUACAACAACUGGCCAUGCACUGCAGCAUAUGCCACUAUGGCCACUAAUGGCGAUGGCACUGAAAUACAUCAAGCUAACUAAACAAGCCAUCUGAAUUAUUGCUUUUUAAAUCUCACUUUUUCUAAUGUUCUUCAUAAAACUUGACUACUCAAACAGGUUUUGUGUAUGAAGUUUCUAGUCUUCCUAUAUUUCAAUGUCGAAGAGAAAUUAUGAUAAAUGCUUAUAUCAUAUUUGGGUUGAUUAAGAUAUUACUAUGUUUUGUUAUUUGCAUCAAGGGUCAUAAAAUAUUAUUUUCAUUGUCAUCAAUCAGAUUUCAUACCAAUGGUUAGUAGAUUAAAUAAGUUGUGGUACAGUAAGUUGACAAACUGUUGAGUAUAGGUGCAAAUAUCAUGGUUUUUCUUAGAUAGAGUUGUAAGUAGGUAUAGACGUUUUCCAGUGAUGGCUGCACCAUUACCAGUGUUUAUUAUUUGAUAAAAUUGUAAAUAUUUGUUCUAGCUUAUUAUUAAAAUUAAAUACUUCAAGGCCUAAUCAUAUUUCAAGUUAAUUGGCCUCGUAUUCAUAUACUUUGGUAAGCUUUGAGUGGUACCUAAGUCUAUGUAUUAUUAAAACUAUAAUUUUGUUUUACCUUGGCACUUGUGACUAGUGCAUGCAUUAUCGUAAUAUUUUAAUAUACAUUGACCAAAUCUUGAUGUGUUUCGUAAUGUGUGUUAUUGAAAACGUCAUAGUUUAGCUAGGUAUGGUUAAUUUCUGUGAUACUUUACCGAUUCGGUAUAAGGCAAUAUUAUAUUAUCAGUUUAGUUUUUUGGCUGUCGUAAUGAGACCAACGUAGACACGCGUAGAUAGAACAUUAGCAUGUUCAGUGUUCUUAAGGCUGGCUCAUUCAAUGUCAGAUGGUUACGUAUUAUUUGUGACAUUUUUACGUAGAUUAAAUAUUUUGUAAACAUGAAUAAUAUAAUAUCGAAAGUAACAAACUACCUAUUAAUGUAAUAUUUAUUAAUCAUAUAAAUUAUAGCAUAUUUGUUGUCUAGGUGCUACUCGCAGAUGUAGUACGAUAAAUUUAUAUUCGUUUAUCUAGUCAUUCUACGUCAGAUAUGGCGAAUAUUUAAAAUUUAUAAUAAUACGUACAUUAGUGCCUGUUUGAAAAUGUUUUUCUUUUUUAUUGUCGAUUAAACUACACUUAUAGUUUGUGUUAAUUUGCCGUGUAAAAUAGCUAUCGAAUAUUUCUGAGUGUAGGAUAUAUUUUUAGUGUUAAUAUGUUUGUUUUAAUUAAUAUUUGAAGUGGUAGUACUUAUUUUGUUUUUCACAUAAUAUUAUAUCAUGAGGUUUGUGUUAGUUGAAAUUGGUUACAUUUUGUAAUAAUGCUAUAAUUUACAUGACAGAUAAAACUGAUCACACAUGUGGCAUAUAAAUGUCCUAAUUAGUGCCCACUAUUUUAAUACGACAACAUGGCCGUACGACCAGUUAUGUACCCAUGAGCAACAAAGCGACGGAUUUCAAAAUAAACUGCUAUACUGUCAGCUUCAAAAUAAAUUGACAUCGAAAACUUCAUAUACUUAUGAUAUGACGCAACAUCCCAUCUCUGGUCUCACAAUAGGUUGCUAACUGGGGUACCAUAAAUAUCUUUAUACAAAUGAAUGGUUUACCAGUGGUUGAUUUGGUCUCCGGUAACCAAUUGAUUAGGCAACCAAGUCGAUUCAUACGGUCGUGGUGUCGUAAUGAAAUAGGGCAGUAACUCGUAACUAAUAGGGAUCACAAAACAUUGUAUUUAUUAUUUAUUCAUUAUCAUUAUUAUGUAUUAGUGUGGCAAACGUACUCCCAAUUUUUAAAUGAUAGUAGUUAAAUUUAUAAUUUUAAUACUUCCCAAUUACUUGUAAUAAUGAAUUGAAGAAUUGCACUAAUGAGAUUACGUAUUACUGGCACGUACCUAAUUAGUAAACGAUUAAGAGGCCUUUCAAGUGUUUGCAUGACAUUUGAAAAUAAUGUAGACCGAUUAGAAGAGACUGAACAUUGAUUCCUUUAUUUGUCAUUUUUACUGAAGCAAUUUACAGCAGGACUCGUUUAGAGGUAUUAAGUAUUCGCAAAUGUUAGAAAGGAGUAGAUGUUUGUAGAAUUAGACAAGUAAAUUGGGUAAAUGCUAGUGAUUGAUGUUCAGUUUUCAUUACAUUUUAUACAUUUUUAUAAAUCCGCUAUUGGCGAAAGAUUUUGUAUUGAUAUUAUGUAAUACAUACUUAAAUUAUGAAUGUAAUCGUUUAUAUUUGCGAUAGUAAUUAGCGUUUUCCUAAAAAUAAAGUUUUAAAACAUA